GACCCAACCACCGAACCGCCCCCCCAACUCCCAGUCCCGCCUCCUCUUGUCUCUCCAUCACCCGCUCAACCACCACCCGACUCACAUCCCUCUUCUCUGUCGAAAUACUCCCCGACUUCACCUUCGCAAAUCCCUCAACCCCGAUACUAACACCACAGGCAGAGCAGCGAAACCGGAACCAUGAAGUUCCUAGUUGCCCUCGCACCGCUGCUCCUCAGCGCUUCCGUGUUGGCGAUCUGGAACGACAAGCAGUCGCUCCUCCUCGACGAGGCUGAUAAGAAGAUACCCGGUCUGUCGCCGCUUGAGCACUGCUCUGCGGAGUUUGCGGAUGAUAUCUUGACGCUGGAUCAUGUUAAUUUGAACCCGAAUCCUCCUUUGGCCGGGAAAACCCUAACCAUCGAAGCCAUCGGCACCUUCAAAGAAGACAUCAGCAAAGGCGCCUACGUCGUCCUGCAAGUCAAAUACGGCCUCAUCAAGCUCCUCAGCACGACAGCCGAUCUGUGCGAGCAGAUCAAGGAGGUGGAUAUGGAGUGUCCCAUCAAGGCCGGGGAGACCAAGAUUACCAAUGAGGUUGAUUUGCCGGCGCAGAUUCCACCAGGAAAAUACACGGUUACGGCUGAUGUCUUUACCGAGGAUGAUAGGAAGAUUACUUGUCUCUCCGCUACGGUGCAGUUCAAGGGUGCCUUUGGCGCUUUUGAAUUGGUAUAAACAUCCCCCGCCCCUCCCUCCCUCCCUUCCUCCCUCCCGUGGGAAAGGCGCAGGCGGGCAAUAGGCGACACGACGACGACGAUGAUGGAUGGACUUAUUUCACACGAUACAGAACAGACAGACAGGUAGAGAGACUCUGCGGAGUACGAUUCAAUCAACCCAGGCUUGAGGGGUUUUGGUGUUUGCGGCGCGAGUUGUUUGUUGGCAUAGGUAGCGUUUGGCAUGAGAUUUAUUACAGUGGCAUUUUAAGAUGAUGGACUACUUAUGUUUGGCUGUUGUUCUGUGGUAGAGUGUUGGGCUCUGUGUCGGUUUUGACUUGGAUUGAGCGAGAUACGGGGACCUUAUGGGAUUAAUGUGGUGAUUCUAUCUAUGGCAGGUAUGCAGGUACUGGCUCUGAUAACCAAGUUCAGGCCGAAAUACUAUGCACACACCUUUCUUCAGAUGCAGCUACACGCACACCCACUCGUAACCCCUCAGAGCACGCUUAAAUGGUCCAUUCCUUGCUUCAUAACAGUGCAAUAAACGCCCCUCCAUGCCCCGCCCAUCCACU